AUGGUCACUGCAACAAUUAAGGAGAUGACGUCGGAUUUUGUCAAGUUAGAAAGAUUUGAUGGUAAAAAUUUCAUACGAUGGCAAAAGAAGAUGCACUUCCUCCUCACAACACUAAAAGUGGCAUAUGUUCUUACCAUACCAAGGCCACCAGAAGUUAAAGGGGAGGCCAUUGCAGAAACACGAGCCAGGCAAAAAUGGGACAACGAUGACUAUAUAUGCACCAGGCACAUACUCAAUGGCAUAGCUGAUGCACUGUUUGAUGUCUACCAAAAUGUUGGGAGCGCAAAAGAACUAUGGGACAAAUUAGAGGUAAAAUAUAUGGCCGAGAACACAACAAGUAAGAAAUUUCUUGUCACUCGCUUUAAUAAUUAUAAGAUGGUUGAUGAUAGAUCUGUUAUGGAACAACUACAUGAAAUUGAGCAUAUUUUAAAUAAUUUUAAGCAACAUAACAUGCACAUAGAUGAUACCAUUAUUGUAUCUUCAAUUAUUGACAAACUCCCUCCAUCAUGGAAAGAAUUCAAAAGAACUAUGAAAUAUAGAAAGGAUGAUGUUUCUCUUGAGCAAUUAAGUAAUCACCUUCGUUUUGAAGAAGAGUAUCGUAAACAAGAUGAUACUAAAGAGCAAAGUGCUCAUGCUAAUCUUCACGUAAUGGAAGAUGGAAAAUCCAACAAGCCUAACAAAAAGAGAUACCGAGAUUUUAAUAAAUCUCAAGGUAAUAAUGGUGAUUUCAGAAAGAAUAAAAAGAAAAAAAUUGUUUUCAUUGUGGAAAACUAG